AUUCGAAAUCACAGCAGAUGUAUACAACUCUGUAGGCAUACGGUACGGUACACUUGCGCAGCUCAAAUAUUGUACAGUUUCGCGUCUCGGUCCGCACCUCAGAAAGUGAGUUUGUUCCAUAUACAUUCCACCUUCACUCAGUUUGUACUCUUUUUUUAAAGAAACUAUCGAAUACGAUGUGAUUGAAGAUUGAAUUUGUAAAGUAUAUCGGUACGUCUUAAGUAUAUGAAGUAUGUUCAUCAGUUUUUGUGUACUCUUCCUUAAAGAAGAAAGAAAACAGGAUUUAUAUACCUGCCAGUGCGAGUAGGCGUUCUUAAACGGUAUCAUUUAGAGUCGGUAAUAUACAUAUACGAUAUUGGAAGAUAUGGAACUUGAGGCAUUCAAAGAGGUGAAAAGUCGUCGAUCAGAAGGAAGCAAACCUCAUUCUACCCCUUCAACACUGGCAUGGCUUGAUGAAAACUACGAACUAGCAGAAGGCGUGUGCAUACCAAGAAGUUCUCUAUAUUUCCAUUAUAUGGAUUUCUGUGAGAAAACGGAUACGAUACCAGUAAAUGCAGCAAGUUUUGGAAAGAUAAUACGACAGCAAUUUUCUCAACUGACUACUAGACGCUUAGGAACACGAGGGCAGUCAAAGUACCACUACUAUGGAAUAGCUAUAAAAGAAUCAUCGGUGUAUUAUGAGGCCAUGUACUCAAAGAGUGGCGCACCAGGGGUUGGAAGUGAAUCAACAAAGAAAGACGCAGCAAAGCAAAAUAUUGCAUAUUCUCCUCGUUCUAAGCUUGGAACACUUCUUCCAGAAUUUCCAGAUAUAAGGGAUAUAAAUUUACCACCAAAUGUACCUGAAGCAAAGGUUUCAACAUUUAUUAUGAUGUAUCGGACCCAUUGUCAACGCAUACUUGAUACAGUGAUACGGGCAAACUUUGAUGAAGUGCAAAACUACUUACUUCAUUUCUGGCAAGGAAUGCCUUCGCAUAUCAUUCCAAUACUCGACUCAACUUCUGUCGUUAAUAUUGUGGGCGUUUGUGACUCGAUUUUAUACAAGGCCAUAGCAAGUGUACUGAUGCCAUCCGUCCUACAAGCCCUGCCAGAUAGCUUGACGCAGGUGAUUCGAAAAUUUGCUUACGAACUUGAUGAUUGGCUGAAAUUUGCCCUUAGUAAUUUACCUGAAAACUUGAGGCUCGUUAAAUUUCAGGUGUCAAAGGGCUUUACAGAAUUACUCAAAUUACAGACCUCCCUCAACCACCUUUGUCAGGCAUCAAAGACUGUAAUUCACAAUUCUGACAUAGUAUCGCAGAUGUUAGAAGAUUGGGAACUGGUAGACUUCCCUGGUAUUUUACAACAGACUAUGUAUACAUUAAAUGAGCACAGAUGUGAAGAUAUCGUGCACCUCAUAGUAAAUUUUUAUCAGGAAUUUGAAUGUUUACUUGAUGAUCAUGCGUCAAUAGAAUCUUAUACAGAAUGGUUGGAUUCGAUAAUAGACAGGGGUAUUGUUAAGCCAUCUACAGAUAACUCUUUUCGAUUGGAGAAACUUGCUAGAUUCUUUUUGUUGAAUUGGUCAAGCGUCAGUACACGAAUUAUCCGUGAUCUCACAUUGCAUAGCGCUCCAAGCUUUGGAUCCUAUCAUUUAAUGCACCUGAUGUUUGAUGACUAUGUAACAUACUCAAUUGGAAUGCUGUUGGCUCAAUCAAGAGCCAUCGAUCUGAAGGAAAGUCUGAAAAGACAAACGUUUGUAGGUUCAUAAUGAGCACACAGAGUCGAUGAGACAAACGCAUGAGCAUGGUUUUUCAGAAGUUGCAACCCUGAGGAAAAGAGAAAGGAAAAGGAAAAAUCGUCAUGGUAGCAUACGAAAUAAUUCAACUCAUUCAAAGGACAAUAUGUAUCAAGUACCAUAUGAAAGAAAUAUAGAUGCUAGCAAUAUGCAAUUAAUGCCUGAUACCUUUUCAGAGCAUGUCAAACGUUUUCGGCACACGGGAUAUAGAGGCGAACACCUAAAUCAUUUUGUUUCUGAACAGAAUGGUGCACCAGGUAUAAAACCACAUAUGUCUAGUGGUCUUGGAACAUUUCAGGAACGCGAGAGUAAAUUAAAAGAUGCACCAUAUCUUGAACAGUUUACCCAGAUGCAACCAGCCAGUUGAAGCUUGUAAUAUAACCAUCGGGACAGCAGUAAAUUAUUUGUAAUGUAUAUAAAGCUAGGUCCAGAUUAUCAAAUUUUCUUUGACAAGAAACUUUUGUAUGCCAUAAUCAUGAUGUGCCCAUAUAUGGUCAUGAUGUGAUGUCAUCAUGACCAUAUUCAGGCAUGUCACAUGUUUUUUUUGUCUUGACAGGGCUUAUGUUGCAAAGACCUGCACUUUAGGAUUAGGUUAUUUAUAAGAGGCCACGAGUUUCUCCACAAACGUGGCUUCAGGUAAUACAAUAGAAGAGAACUUGAGAAGUUUUCUACGUGCUCAACUUCCUCGACUGACAUUCUGUGAAGCCUACAUUCUAUAAAAUCGCUAAGCUGAUUGAUUGGUCAAAAAGAAGGGUGCCUUCCUGAUUGCAUCGGGGACAGUUAGGGUCUACACAGUGUAAAGAUUACAAUGAAAACACUCAUACUAUGGCGACAGUGUAGCAUUUUUAUGGAAGCAGGAUUAACAGCACUUGCCUGAUGCAAUGUCUGAGUGGAUUGUAACUGAAUACAAUCCUUUCUGAGCUGACCAUCUGUCGAUGGCAAUUUUAGUGGAAAACUGCUGAAAAUGAUCCGUCGUAGUGUUGAGGAUUCGCAUCGGCUGGCGAUGCUGAUUCAGUGUGCACUUUACUUUAAGAAAAGACUGAACAAAGUGAUAAACGCAUGUAAUCUGAAUUUUAUUAGCUGAAAAUGUGCAUUUUUCGAAAAAUGUUAAUUCAGUAACUAGCAAUUAGUACCUACUUAUCAACAUAAUUUUCUUUUAUUCUGUUAUUUUUGUUUUCAAACAUUUUACUUUAUAAAACACCUAUAAAGACCCUUGACAUUUGAUUGGUUGGAUUAAUAUCACAUGAUAUUGGUCAUUUACACUAGUUAAUGUCAAACUAAUAUAUUUCUCAUUUGCAUCAUUAUUUAUCUCUAUUUCAUUCAUAUUUCUUCUGUUCAUUUUUGUUCCAUUGCAUGCCUCCAGCUAAUAGUAAUACAAUGUUAAAAAGUGACUGUUUCAUUUGGAAGAAAAGUAUACCCGACUAUAUUUUUCAUAAAAAAUGUAAUAACAAGAACCUAUUUUAUUUAUAAUAAAUCAAUGAAUGUUAUUAUUUGUGAAAUGGAAAUAUUUUCAUUCAAUAAGAUAUUUCAAGUAAUGGAAACAUUCUUCCCAUUGCACUUAUAAUCAAUAUCCCACCUAUUUUUUACUUUGUUUCUGCAAUUCAUAGAUUAAUAAAUAUAUAAAUAUGUUUUACUUCUAACUUUAUUAGAAUAAAAUGAAAACAUUAUCAAAUAUUAGCUUUUACUAUAAAAAUUAUUGCCAAAUAAUGCUUCCAUAAAAACGAUUAUAUUGAGUUAUUAAUAGAACUUAACUUGUUCAAGGUACAACAAAGCUUUUUUUGAAACACAUGCUCACCUCCUAAUCUCAAGACCCUAAGUUCAAUAUUGGCAAAAAUAUAUUGAUUCCCAUCACAGCUAAAAUUAACUCUAUUCUCAAAUAAAGAAACUUGGAUAUAUUACACUGAGAGGCUGAAAAUGGCAUAGUUACCAACCGUCCUGCAUUUCAAGGUGAUUUUGGAUGACACGCAUUUUGCAGAAACACAUGCAUGAUCAUAAAUUUGUCAUGCAUUUAGCAUAAGUCUAUGUGUGAUAUCGAAUUAUCACGAAUUCAGGGGAAAAUGUAUUUAAAAUUAGAAGAUAUUGGUUUUGUUAAAAAUAUAAAAACGGUCAUGCAGUAGAUUGAGUCAUUAGAGAGCUUUGGUUAUCUCGUUCGAGAAUCAAUUCACAGAGUAACUUUUUUCCCGACCAAAACAACCAAGACAACUACGCACUUAGUAGAAUCGAGUAGUUGCAUGCGGUCUUGCGCGUUCAUUGUCACAACCAACCCUUGAUUAUGUGACUGGAACCUGGGGUUCCAGCCCUGGAUCACACCCCCAACCCCACACCCAACAGGUGUAGUCACGCAUUUAAAAUCUCUCAGGUUGGUAACUAUGUAAUCAACAAGCUAAAUUGUAUACAGCGAUCUUGGCAACUAGGGCUGUGUAGUUACAAUUUUAUGAUUAAUAAAGAAUCAGUCACUCUAUCUCAUUUAAUGUUUUAUACUGUAUUAA